CCAUAGAACACAUACAAUGGGUUGUAGGGGUGGAAUAGGAGCCAUUUACAAGAGAUUCAAGCCACACCUUCUCAUGGUUUUCUCUCAAUUUGGCUACACAUUCCUUAACUUCUUCUCAGAAGCUUCUUUCAAACAUGGAAUGAAUCCUCACGUCUAUGUGACCUACAGACACCUUGUAGCUGGUGUUGUCAUGUUUCCUUUUGCCUAUUUCCUUGAGAAGGAAAAAAGGCCAAAGCUCACACUCGCAUUGUUUCUGGAGAUAUCUCUACUCUCUCUUCUUGGGGUCAGCUUAUCACUAAACCUGUACUUUGUGAGCUUAAGAUACACAUCUCCAACCUUCACGGCAACCAUGGUCAACACCAUCGCUUCAUUGACUUUUUUAUUGGCAGUCCUUCUCAGAUUGGAGGAUCUCGAUAGAAGCAUACGUGGAAUGGCAAAGAUUGUUGGGACCCUGGUUUCACUGGUGGGUGUGAUGAUCAUGACACUCUAUAGAGGACCUGUUUUGAGGAAUGUAGGGGAUGCUCUUAUUCACAUCCAAGGAAGUAUUACCAUCCACGAAAAUUGGAUAAAGGGAUCCAUUCUUGCAGUCGCAUACUCCAUCACAGCAGCCUUACGGUACAUCAUGCAGGCAAUCACAUUGAAGAAAUACCCGGCCCAGCUUUCACUAACAACGUGGAUGAACUUUGUUGGUGGGGCCCAAUCAGCUGUUUUCACAGCAUGCAUGGUACACAAACCCAAGGCGUGGACUGUUGGAUUCAACAUCGACCUCUGGAAUAUCUUAUAUUGUGGAGUGGUAGUAUCUGGUUUAAUAAUCUACAUACAGCUAUGGUGCACGGAAGAAAAAGGACCUGUGUUUGUAACCAUGUAUAACCCUCUUGCAACCCUAUUCGUAGCAUUACUGGCAUACUUUGCUCUUGGCGAAAAACUCAACACCGGAUGCAUACUAGGAGGUGUUAUUGCCAUCAUUGGACUCUACUUGCUAUUGUGGGGCAAAGAAGGAGAUCAUGUGGACCAGAUCAAUUCUCAAGAGCACUCCUUGUCUUGUGAAGAACCGAAGGAAGGAAAUCAAGAUAAAAACAUAUUCAGCUAGAGAGGGAGAUAAUAAUACAUCCAGCCAACACUGUUGCGGGUCAUGCUCCACGUUAAGCUUAAUGGGGUCACAGGUGGUAGCGCCCCGUUGCUUCGGGUCCGGGUCAAUUUCAUAAUUUCACAUGGCCUUUUAUGUAAACCCUAAUUCAUUUGGGGUAAUAGAUAUUCUAUCAUGAGAGAG